AUGUUACUUUCCGCUACUCACCUAUCUUUACCAACUUUCACUGCUGCUACUGCUUUAUCUCUCUUUAAACUCAUGAUUCAUGUUUGGAUAGGAACAAAGAUUUCAUCUUUUUCUGCCUUUUCUUCUCAUCUUGGUUUAAUUUCCGGUGAAAUAGAUAAUACUACUACUAAACCUCCUUUAUCAAAAAGUGAUAAUUUUGCAAGAUAUUUUCACUUUAUAAUAAUGUUAUGCAGUAUUGCUAUUGCUAUUGGUAUAAUAAUUUAUGUAUGGAUUCUCGCAAGAAGAGUAAUUAAGGAAGUUGAGGAUGAAAAUGGUGAAUAUAUGUGGUUGGAUGCUUAUGACGUUAAUGAAAUUGGUGAUAAUGUAACAUUAUUGGGUACUGGAGAAAUGAGAUAUAGAAGAAAUUCCAUCGCUUUUUGUGAUGAAGUCGAGGAUGAUUCUAAUAUAAAUAUUAAACCAAUCAAUAAUAAUCUUUUCAACGAAAAGGAUUCUUCGAUUCAAAUACAGA